CCAUAUAUACAUUUCACGUAAAAAAUGAGAAAUUCUGAAGAUUAGACUGUAUGGAUUAAUUUUCCUUUGGCUUUUCAUAAAAAUGGUUUAAUUUUGGCGGUAAUUCUACUGUCAAUGUCAUAAUGAACUGGCUACUUUUUUAAAGCAUGCAAUUUAAUUUUUUACUUAGUAAUAAAAGAAAACCUUAUUAAAAUGCCAGAAGUUAUGAUAGGAGGUAUACCUGUAAGUUUUCCUUUUGAACCCUAUGAUGUGCAGAAAGCUUAUAUGGAAAAAGUGAUAGAGAGUCUUCAAAACAAUACACAUGCUUUACUUGAAUCACCUACUGGCACAGGAAAAACUCUUAGUUUAUUAUGUUCUUCGUUAGCGUGGUUGCUGGUUAAGAAAGCCCAGUUGCAGAUGCACGCACAGGCAGGAAACUUCACCGAACAUGCAGCCAAUGGAUUUGGUGGAUCUUUACACGAAUCUUUAAAAUCGGGAGCUGGUAAAGGAAAGGAUAAUAUGUCCUGGGGAAUGCCUAAAAUUAUAUAUUCUUCACGAACACAUUCUCAACUUACUCAAGCCAUGCAAGAGUUAAAAAGAUCAAGCUACAGGCAUGUCAAAGCAGCUGUUUUAGGCUCCAGAGAUCAGAUGUGUAUUCAUCCUGAAGUUUCCAAAGAAACUAAUAAUACAAAUAAAGUACAUAUGUGUCAACUUAAGGUGAAGUCUAAAACUUGUUUCUUUUACAACAAUGUAGAUUCUAAGAAGGAAGACAGAUCUGUUAAAGGCGAUGAAAUAUUAGAUAUUGAAGAUUUAGUAAAUGCAGGUAAAAAACUGAAGUGUUGUCCAUAUUACUUGUCAAAAGAACUGAAACAAGACGCUGAUAUUGUGUUCAUGCCAUAUAAUUAUUUAUUAGACCCUAAAUCAAGGAAAGCUAAUGGUGUAGAAUUAUUGAAUAACAUAGUAAUAUUGGAUGAAGCACAUAAUGUUGAGAAAAUGUGUGAGGAAUCUGCUUCCCUCCAAAUCAGAAGUACAGACAUUGCUCUUUGUAUAGAAGAAAUUACUUAUGUGAUGAGGUCAUUCAGUGAAAACAGUGAAGAACAGCUCGAUGUUACAAUGGAUAACAGCCAACCAAAAGAUUUUACAUGUGAUGAUUUGUGUGCAUUAAAGGAAAUAAUGCUGGCAUUAGAAAAGGCUAUUGAUGAAAUAAAAGUUGGCAAUGAGGGCUCUACCUUCCCGGGUGGUUUUAUAUUUGAAUUACUUUCUCAGGCUGAAAUAAAAGAUCACAAUCAGAUGGCAGUUAUAACAUUGAUGAGUAAUCUUAUAACAUAUUUAUCCACUGCAAGUGCCUCUCCCUUUCAACGGAAAGGUGUUGGGCUGCAAAAAAUUGUUGAUUUACUCAAUGUUGUAUUUAGUGGGACUACUCAUGCUUACAAGGAAAGAGUAAAACUGUGUUAUAAAGUUCAUAUACAAGUAGAAGAUAAAAAGAACAACAAAAAGUCAGACAGUUGGGGAGCUCUUAAAGCUGGAAAUUCAAAGUCUGCAGAAAGAGUCCUUAGCUAUUGGUGUUUUAGUCCUGGAUUUGGUAUGAAACAACUUUUGGAUCAGCAAGUCAGGAGCAUUAUUUUAACAAGUGGUACUUUAGCCCCCUUGAAACCUCUGAUAUCAGAACUCUCCAUACCCAUAGGAGUUCUAUUAGAGAACCCACAUAUUGUGAAAAGUAAUCAGAUAUAUGUAAAAAUAAUAAGUCAAGGCCCAGAUAAUACACCACUUAAUUCUAACUAUCAAAACAGAGAUAAUCCAAAAUAUAUAUCCUCAUUAGGUAGAACUAUAUUAAGUUUUUCCAGAGUAGUUCCAGACGGAUUACUUGUGUUCUUCCCAUCAUAUCCAAUUAUGAAUAAGUGCCAAGAAGCAUGGCAAGCAGAAGGUAUUUGGUCAAAUAUAAAUAACAUCAAACCUAUAUUUGUGGAACCACAGAGAAAAGAUACAUUUAAUACUAUAAUAAAUGAUUUUUAUAGCAAAAUUAGUGAUCCAAGUACAAGAGGUGCUUGUUUUAUGGCUGUAUGUCGAGGGAAAGUGUCAGAAGGUUUAGAUUUUGCAGAUAUGAAUGGACGAGCUGUCAUUAUAACUGGUCUACCAUUUCCACCUUUAAAAGAUGCUAGAAUUAUAUUGAAAAAGAAGUAUUUGGAGGAGCUUAGAAUGAGCAACAAAGAGCUCUUGUCUGGAGAUGAAUGGUACUCAUUGGAAGCUACAAGAGCAGUUAAUCAAGCAAUAGGAAGAGUUAUAAGACACAGAAAUGAUUAUGGAGCAAUUCUUCUUUGUGAUGGUAGAUUUAAUAGUCCUAAGUUAAAGUCACAACUAUCCGCUUGGUUAAGAGACCACAUUAAUGUUUCUAACAGGUUUGGUGAGACUGUCAGUGAAAUAUGUAGAUUUUUUAAGACUGCAGAAGCAUCCUUGCCUUCUCCAAAACUUAAGCCAUUACUUCCUAGUGAAUCAAAUGAUACCCUAAAUAACUUUGAUUCAAGCAAAAUAGGUGGUGUCUCAUUUCCCAUGUCUAAUACAAGAAUUGUUAACAAAUCUACAUCUAAAAGGUCUGUUAGUCAGUACCCAAAUUCAAAUGAGGUUUAUGCUGAUUUUUCAAUGGAAUAUUACAAAAAUGUCCAGUCCUCCACUUCUAUUAAUGAAUUAAAACCAAGACAAGCAAAGGAUCUAUUCUGUGCUUUAGACAGCAAUAAGGAUUCAUCACAGGAAACCACUAAAUCCUUAGUUACAAUACAUAAAAGGGAGCCAGAGGAUGUUCUUACUUCUACAGCUAAAAGAAAGAAGUUGAAAAUUAAACCAUUUGGUUUUGAAGACAAUUUGAAAAGUCAAGAUGAUCAAAAUAAUGUACCUGUAAAAACUGCUCCAACUUCUCUUAUAGAUUUUGUCAAGGAAAUUAAAGUGCUGUUAGUUCCUGAUCAAUAUAGAAUAUUUCAGACAGCAAUUUCGAAAUAUAAAAAAGAUGGGGAUUAUGAUGUAUUCAUACAAUUUUUAAGUAGCUUAUUGGAAAACAAGAAAACAUUUUAUUUAUUUAAAGGCAUGAAAAGAUUUUUGAAAGAUGAUCACAAACAACCUUUCCAAGAGUACUGUGAUAAUGUUUCAUUAGAUAGUUUAAAAUGAAAUGUGAGUUUUAAUGUUUAUUAUUUAUUUAUGACA